AAACAAAAUAAUUUCUAAGUAUCUACAAUGAUUAAUAUUAAUGUAUACAAAUACUAAUAGUUUUUGGUAUUUCUCCAAGUAAAAAUGUUUUAUUAUAGAAUAAAACUCCCUAAAUCCUUGGAAAUAUCACCAAAUGUCGCUUAAAUUUAAGUUCCCGCCAUAAUAGCAGGAAAAUCAUCCUCUAUUCAUCCCGAAAUACUAUUAAGAGAAACGGUACUAAUCGCUACUAAGCACGAAUAGAACCCUAACAAAAACUUGAACCGACACCCAACCGCAACAAUCAACCACAAUGGGUAGGAAAAGCAACACCAAAGGAAAGGAAAAACGUCUCGCUCGUAAAGAAGAACAGGCUCGAAUUGCCGCAUCGCUAAUUGUUGUCAAGAAAGCAAAUGAGCUUACUGAUCCAUUGGAACAAUUUCCCAUCUUCCGAAAGUACAACAAUAGUGGUAUUGAUUGUAAUUUAUGCAUCAAAAAGUUUGGAAGCUUGGAUGACAAUACCAAGAUGUGGGCAUUUGACUUGACAAAAAGGAAUAUGCAACAUAAAUAUGAGAGUUGCUCUUGGGGAUGGAGUGAUGGAAAGAAAUUGGAGGAACUGCAAGAUGAGGCUGCCUGGUACCUAAUUGCACAAAGGAGUGAUGGCAAAUUGUUGGGAUUUGCCCACUUCAGGUUUGAUUUGGAUGAAGGGAUUGAAGUUCUAUAUUGUUACGAAUUGCAAUUGGAAAGUCACUUCCACCGUAAGGGGCUUGGAAAAUUCAUGAUGCAAAUUCUAGAAUUAGUUGCAUUCAAGAACAAUAUGAAGAAAGUCGUCCUAACUAUUUUAAAGAACAAUUCAGACUCAAAUUUCUUCAAAGCUAUUAAUUAUCAACUAGAUGAAUCCUCACCAAUGGAUGAUGAAGAUGAAGACACGCCAUAUGAGAUUCUCAGCAAAGUCAACAAGAAACUUCUACCGCAAUCACAACAAACCAAUGGCAAUCAACUGCAGCCGGUGUCCAACAAUCGCGCCAACUUGAUGAAAGCAAUGCACGAUCAUGGUGGACACGCGCACGGCCAUUGCUGUCCCGGACAUCACCAUCAUUAGAUCGUGUACCACUUCCAUGAAUACAGAAUCAUCUACACUUUCAAUCUCAAUCAAAACAAAAAUCAAAUAUCUCACAACUAAUAUUUCAUUGAUAUAAGCGUUUUGAAUCUCCUACAUAUUGUAUUAAUUCUUUGUUUAUAAUUUUUAAGACUUCAGCGAUUAUUGCUAAUCGCGUUGUAUAACUUUAAGCGGUUGCUUUGCCAGCACUUUUUGCACACUUUACAUUUCUCUCAAGUAUUUUAUUUAUAUUUGUGGCAGCAUCAGGAUGUGAUGCGAUAUAAGCGUUUGUAUUGGUUGAAGACAUGCCAACUAUUUUUUA